AUGGCCACAACGACCGCUUCCGUGCAGAAGACCUCCGCGAAGGGCGAGACGCUCCGUGGCAAGGCCAAGGAGAAGGAUGUGCGCAUGAGCAACAUCAUCGCGGCCAAGGCGAUCGCCAACGCCAUCCGCACGAGCUUGGGCCCGCGUGGCAUGGACAAGAUGAUCCAGCAGGGCAACGGCGAGGUCAUCAUCUCGAACGACGGCGCGACCAUCUUGACGCAGAUGCAAGUGUACCACCCGACGGCCAAGAUGCUCGUGGACCUCUCCAAGUCGCAGGACAUUGAGGCCGGCGACGGGACGACGAGCGUGUGCGUCAUUGCCGGCGCGCUCCUCUCGGCGUGCGAGGACCUUCUCCAGAAGGGCAUCCACCCGUCGCACAUCUCGGAGGCCUUUGGCAUCGCGGCGACCAAGGCCGAUGAGAUCCUCAUGGCCAUGUCGCGCCCCGUCGACUUGGCCAACCGCGACGAACUCAUCAAGUGCGUCACGACGUCGCUCUCGUCCAAGGUCAUCUCCGAGUACUCGGACCGUCUCUCGCCCAUCGCUGUCGACGCCGUCCUCAACGUCAUCGACAUUGCGACGGCCGUCAACGUCGACUUGCGCGACGUCAAGGUCGUCAAGCAGCUCGGCGGUACCAUCGACGAUUCGCAGCUCAUCAACGGCCUCGUCUUCUCCAAGUCGAGCGGCGUCGACAUGCCGACGACGAUUGCCAACGCCAAGAUUGCGCUCAUCCAGUUUUGCCUCUCGGCGCCCAAGACGGACAUGGAGAACAACGUGGUCAUCAACGACUACUCGGCCAUGGACCGCAUCCUCCGCGAAGAGCGUAAGUUCAUCUUGAACCUCUGCAAGCAGAUCAAGAAGGCCGGUGUGAACGUGCUCUUGAUCCAAAAGUCGAUCUUGCGCGAUGCGACGUCGGACCUCUCGCUCCACUUCCUCGCCAAGAUGGGCAUCCACGUCAUUACCGACAUUGAGCGCACGGACGUCGAGUACAUUAGCACGACGCUCGGCUGCCUUCCCGUCGCCCACAUUGAGUCGCUCACGGCCGAGAAGCUCGGUACGGCUGGCCUCGUCCAGGAAGAAUCGCUUGGUGGCCACAAGGUGGUCAAGAUCACCGAGGUUGUCCACCCCGGCAAGACCAUGUCGAUCCUUGUCCGCGGCUCCAACAAGCUCGUGCUCGAAGAAGCCGAGCGCUCGCUCCAUGACGCGCUCUGCGUCGUGCGUUCGCUCGUGAAGAAGCGCUUUCUCAUUUGCGGCGGCGGCGCCCCGGAAAUCGAAGUCGCGCUGCGCCUCGGCGAGUAUGGCCGGACGCUCGAGGGCACGGCGGCGUACUGCCUCCAGGCGUUUGCGGACGCGCUCGAAGUGAUCCCGUACACGCUGGCGGAGAACGCGGGCUUGCACCCGAUCGGGAUGGUGACGGAGCUCCGCGCCAAGCACGCGGCGGGCGACAAGGCGGCCGGCAUCAACGUUCGCAAGGGCACGAUCAGCAACAUGUACGAGCUCAACAUUCUGCAGCCGCUGCUGGUCAACACGAGCGAAAUCUCGCUCGCGUCCGAGUGCGUGCGCAUGAUCCUCAAGAUCGACGACAUUGUCAUGGUCCGAUAA